CUAAACCCUAACUUUCUCUCUCUCUCUCGUUCUGCUCCAUUUCUCACACUUUCUUCACAUCUCCGAAGCUCUCUUCACGCAUCUACAAAUCUACAAUGGCGUCGAUGAUGCAACCGCAGAUCAUACUGUUGAAGGAAGGUACGGACACAUCUCAAGGGAAAGCACAGCUACUGAGCAACAUCAACGCUUGCACGGCGGUUGGAGAUGUAGUUCGAACCACGCUCGGGCCACGAGGGAUGGACAAACUCAUUCACGACGAUAAAGGAUCCGUCACCAUUUCCAACGAUGGUGCUACCAUCAUGAAGCUCCUCGACAUUAUUCAUCCUGCUGCUAAGAUCCUCGUCGAUAUCGCUAAAUCCCAAGAUUCUGAGGUGGGUGAUGGAACAACAACUGUUGUUCUUCUUACAGCAGAGUUUUUGAAGGAGGCUAAGCCAUUUAUUGAGGAUGGUGUUCACGCCCAGAAUUUAAUCAGGAGUUACCGCACUGCCUGCACUUUGGCAAUUGCCAAAGUUAAAGAACUCGCUGUUAGCAUUGAGGGGAAGAGUGUAGAGGAAAAGAAAGGUUUAUUGGCUAAAUGCGCUGCUACUACUCUUUCAUCUAAGCUUAUCGGUGGGGAAAAGGAGUUUUUUGCUACAAUGGUUGUUGAUGCUGUUAUGGCGAUUGGUCAUGACGACAGGCUAAAUCUGAUUGGGAUCAAGAAGGUUCCUGGUGGCAAUAUGCGAGACUCUUUCCUCGUUGAUGGUGUUGCUUUCAAAAAGACAUUCUCAUAUGCGGGUUUUGAGCAACAGCCUAAGAAAUUUGUUAACCCCAAAAUUCUCUUACUUAACAUCGAAUUGGAGUUGAAAUCUGAGAAGGAAAACGCUGAAAUUAGGCUGUCAGAUCCAUCACAGUACCAGUCAAUCGUUGAUGCAGAAUGGAAUAUCAUUUAUGACAAGCUAGACAAAUGUGUUGAGAGUGGAGCAAAAGUUGUUCUUUCUCGACUGGCAAUUGGUGAUUUAGCAACUCAGUACUUUGCGGAUCGAGAUAUUUUCUGUGCUGGUCGGGUAGCAGAAGAAGAUCUUAACCGUGUGGCUGCAGCAGCUGGAGGAACAGUUCAGACAAGUGUUAACAACAUAAUAGAUGAGGUUCUUGGAACUUGUGAAAUUUUCGAGGAAAAACAAGUUGGUGGGGAGAGGUUUAACAUAUUCAGUGGUUGCCCUUCAGGCCGUACAGCCACUAUUGUCCUCCGUGGUGGAGCUGAUCAGUUCAUCGAAGAAGCUGAGCGGAGUUUACAUGAUGCAAUUAUGAUUGUGAGAAGAGCUGUUAAAAACUCAACUGUUGUCCCUGGAGGUGGAGCUAUAGAUAUGGAGAUAAGCAAGUACCUGAGGCAGCAUUCAAGAACAAUUGCUGGGAAAUCACAGCUUUUCAUCAAUUCUUAUGCAAAGGCUCUGGAGGUUAUUCCACGACAGUUAUGUGACAAUGCUGGAUUUGAUGCAACUGAUGUCUUAAAUAAACUAAGACAAAAACACGCCAUGCAAAGCGGUGAAGGAGCUUCUUAUGGAGUAGACAUUAAUACUGGUGGAAUAGCAGAUUCUUUUGCUAACUUCGUGUGGGAACCAGCAGUUGUGAAGAUCAAUGCAAUAAAUGCUGCGACUGAAGCGGCUUGCCUCAUUCUAAGUGUGGACGAGACUGUGAAGAACCCUAAAUCGGAGAGUGCACAGGGAGAUGCUGCAGGUGCAAUGGGGAGAGGACGUGGUGGAGGUCGUGGCCGUGGAAUGCGAAGGCGAUAAGCUCUGUCUCUUAUGCCAAACUUGUGGGAUUCUCCUCUAAUUUCGAUUUUUGUUGAAUUUUGGUUUUGGAGUUUAAAAAGCUAUUAUUUGGUUUGUGUAUUUCAAUUAGAAUACUCGAUGGUUAUGUCUGUCUAUACAAUCUGUGAAACAGAAGUUUUAGAGUGGUUUUGGUUACACUUAAGAAAUUACAUUUGCUUAA